AUGAUAUUUGUUAAUGUAUUUACAGAAUAUGGUAUGACUGGAGAAAUAGUAAGCAAUAGAGCUAAUGAAGAAAGGUUAGAAAGUAUGGCUGAUAACAAAUUCAAAAUGAUUUUCCUUUUUCUUAGCCAUGGAAAGAAGGCAGCAAAAUCCCGACUCCUUCCUGGUAGGUAUGUUCUAUCAUCCGAGCCUGAUUUUUCCAUGCUGCCCGCAAAAUCCACAAGUUCUCCUAGCAAUUCACAUGGCAAUGACAAGCUUCGCAAAACUAGUAAAACCCUGGACGUGGUUUCCCACAGCCAGGAACUGGAUUAUAACAUCACUGAAGCAAUGGGACAAUUCUCACCACGAUUUAAUGAACUAGCUGAUUUUUCUGAUCAUACUCCAUUGCCAAAUCCUUCCCCCAUCAUGAUGGCUUCGUCUUCAUCUAAAACGCGGGACACGGCAAUUAUUUCACAGGUUUGUUUGUAUCCUGGAAGUGGUCGUCUCUCAUCUAGCGGUUCUCUUCAGUGGCGGAGUUCACCAAUUACGCCAAUGACUCGGUUAGGUGAGACCAAAACUCAAGCACUGGACUCCGGUUGUGGGCUUUAUGACAUUCUGGAAGACGGCACACCCGAAAUAUUUAAGGAAUCUCCUACCCCCGUCACAUCUGUUAAAGCAAGUUCUCCUCAUAAAAAGGGAGUUUCUCCUCCUCGUGGUCACAUCCAAGAGUUUCAAUCGAGCUCUUCAGCAGGCUUGAAAAGUGGGCGCAAGUUCGUAUUGAAGUCUGUGCCUUCUUUCCCUCCACUCACUCCCUGUAUCGAUCCCAAAGAUCGCACCCAACAGAAAUACUAGAAAAAUAGAUAUUUGUUAGUGGUGUUGGAUAUACUUCAUUCAAGGAAAGUACAUAUGCAGCUAUGAUCCGAAGGAUCAAUUUUGUGCCAGGUUCGGAUAUGGACCACAUAUGAUUCUUAAUUGAUAAGUUAGAUACUUGAUUGUCACAAUCUUUCUUAAGUAGGUGUGUCGCGUGACCACAGGUUCAGGGUAUACGUGAACUCAUGCAAGAGAUGCAGCCAGGCAUGAUCAUCAUACGCAAUCUUUCAUGUUUGCUCCCUUUUCCAUUUUCAAUUCGUAUCUUUCUGUUUUGCAAUUGGAUGUUUUUACUGUUGAUUUGAUUUCAUUCAUAGUUGGUGGAAGGGCUGACCUUGUUUGUUAAAGAA